AUGUCGUCGCUGAAGAGACUUCUCAAUGAGGAAGAUGAGGAUCUCCAGUAUCCCAACCCGUCGUCCGUCUCCUUAUACGGCCCCAUCACGCCAAUCUACCAGGGCGGCGUCCAGGAUGACGCGUACUCUGGAUAUUACCCACGCCAGACCUCCUUCCAUAGCUUUGACAACUACACCACCCAGGGCAGCCAGGAGGAGAUGCCCAUCAUCGAAUACCAGUCCUCCGUGAUAGGCGUGUUCGACCGAAUCCUCCCCGGCUUUAGCGUCGGUGAUCAACUUGGGGCCCUCAAUUUCGGCGACGGAACCGAGGCCGCGGCCUACGACCUGGACGACGACUUGGAAACAUGGGGUCGCAACACCACACAGUCUCCCUUGUUGGGGGCUUACAGCUCACCCCAGCCGUCGAGCUACGGGUCGUCACAGGAUUCCCUGACCGUGACCCACUCGCCUUCACUCUUCCCCGAUUCCAGCAUCGCGGGUUCGGACGUGUGUUCAUCGACGGCGGGGGAUGAUGACGCCGACAAGGUCUGCUACGGCAUGCUCUACAAUGUAGACGUUAAAUUGAUAGGUGACAUGGCCGUGAUCGACACCAAGCUGCGCGAGUCCAGCCAAGCGUCUGCCCCCGGCAGGACAGCCUACCAACGCUUCACACUCAGCGAGCAACAAGAGCACGUCCUCCUCGUCUUCAAAGACGACGCCACCGAGUUCGGCUACCUCCGCUCCGGACCCGGCAAGGUCCUCUCAAGGCUCCUCAGCCAAGACGCCCACGUCGACUUCGAGCCCAUCGCCCCGACCAAUGCGCUCCGCGAGACCAUCGCCCGCGCCAAGAAGCCCGUCGAGGCCAUGGUCAAAGUCGACGUCAACGUCUACGGCCCGCGCGCCGCGGCGCGGACCGUUGGCGCUAAGCUGUCCGAGGGAAAACUCUGGUUGCAAAAGUCGGACCACGCGCGCCAGGCCCUCUGCUACGAGAACCCGCAUGUUCUCAAGAUCCAGGGCGGCGAGGAGUUGCAAGAGGGAGAUAUCAGCAGCGUUAACGGCGGGGUGCCGGCUGGACGGCAGCCGCGCGAGGAGAGGUUGCGGCGGAUGAUGAUGGAGGUGUACGACUCGACCGAGAGGCGGCAGUUCAACAGGGAGCUUGGUGACAAGCGGCUGAAGAAUGAUUUGCUGGACCAUCAACAAGAGGCGCUCGCUUUUAUGUUGGAACGAGAGUCUGGUGACAUACCCCUCUCAUACCGACUGUGGAAUCCUGUAACAGUAGAAGGCCAGGAGUGGUACCGCCACAAGAUCACAAACGUAAAGCAGAUGACCAAGCCAGAUGAGAGGGGCGGCGGCAUCCUCGCCGAUGAGAUGGGCAUGGGCAAGUCCUUGUCCAUCCUCUCUCUCGUCGUCAAGACCCUAGACGACGGCCGAACCUGGGCCGUCGGCGAAGAUGAGAGCAGCGAGAAGAAUAAGGACCUACACUACUCCGGAUCGACCCUCGUAGUGGUAUCGUCUGCUCUCCUCAUCUACAACUGGAUAGACGAGAUUGAAAAACACGUGGACGGAAGUCUGAAGUACGUCAAGUACCACGGCCCGAAUCGAGAAAAGGACAUCGACAAAAUCAAGGGCUCCGACGUCGUCGUGACAACCUACAACACCCUCUCAGCGGAAUUCGAAAAGAAAUCCUCCAUCCUGCACAAGAUUGGCUGGUACCGAAUUGUCCUCGACGAAGCACACAUCAUCCGCCGCCCAGCAACAACAUUCUACCACUCCUGUACUCGCCUCUACGCAAGAUCCCGCUGGUGCCUCACCGGCACCCCCAUCCAGAACAAACUCGCCGACAUCGGCGCCCUCUUCGCCUUCAUCCGCGCGACCCCCUUUGACAACCCGGCCACCUUUCGCCGCUACAUCGAAGUCCCCUUUGAUCAAAGCGUCGAUAACCUGCAAAAAGUAAAGGAGCGCCUCAUAACCCUCCUCGAAUCCCUCUGCCUCCGCCGCACAAAGAACAUCCUCCACCUCCCCGGCCUCUCGGAGCGCGUCAUCGAGCUCGACUUUAGCCCAGAGGAGCGCGAGCAGUACGACAAGACCAAAAAGAUCCUCAUGCGUAUCAUUAAGCAAAAAGUAGGCGAGAUCGAAAAGAGCAGCAAGUUCGGCCUCUUCCAGGCCAACCUCCAGAUGCGCAUCCUCUGCAACCACGGGACCUUUCAGAAGCCCUUUUCCUGGGGCCGGCGGAGCUACCGCCUCUACCGCCUCGACGAGCGCGAGGCCGCCGUCUCGGCGCUGGGGCAGAACGCGGAGAUUACCUGCGACGGGUGUCGCCAGCCUAUGCCCAUCCUCGGCUCCGGCAGGCUGCGCAACGAGUUCGACGAGCAGUGCGCGCACGUGUUUUGCUCCGAGUGUCUCGAGGACUCGGACCUGUCGUCGGCCUCGACACCGGCCCUUGGCUCCCAUGGCCGGCACUGUCCCGCCUGUGAUAACUGGAUGAGGUUGGCCAAGACGCAGCGCCCCUCUGCUGCUACUGCUGCUUCUGCUGGCUCUGUGACGGUUCCGUUGGUCAGAGUCGACGGGCCCGGGGUGGAUGCGGUGGGAAUGUCCGACGGGUCUACGCAGACGACGUCAGGCGCAGACGAGGCGGAUUACUUCAACACGGUGGGAUACUCUACCAAGAUGGAAGCCCUGAUCCGUGACGUUCAAGUGGACGUCUCAACGACCAAGAGCAUCAUCUUUUCUUGCUGGACGAGAACGCUCCACCUCGUCGCAAAACACCUCGAGAAAGUCGGCGUGAAGUACCACAAGAUUGACGGCGAUUGCCCGCUGUCGCAGAGACAGGAAGUCCUGGGGCAAUUUGCAAAGGACGAGGAGAAGAGGGUUCUCAUCAUGACAACCGGCACUGGUGCCUUUGGUCUGAACCUCACCUGCGCCAACCGCGUCUUCAUCAUCGAGCUACAGUGGAACCCCAGCGUCGAGAACCAGGCGAUUGCCCGAGCGAUUCGCUUCGGCCAGGGGAAGAAGGUUCUCGUCACGAGAUACAUCAUCAAGAGCACGGUUGAAGAGGAAAUGAGAUCGCAGCAAAACGUCAAGAAGGAACUGGCGACAAUCGGCUUUGGCAAGCCUGCGUCUGAUGCCAGCGACGAAAUGGAUCAGUCAUGA